ACUGUGAGUUCUUCAAGGCCAGCCUGGGUUACAAAGUAAGAGCCUGUCUCAGAAGAAGAAAAUAGUAGUAGUACAAAUUUAGAGUGGUUGGAUGGGGGUGGGUUGCUGAGUGACCCAUGGGGUCUGAUAGCCAUUUACAGAGUUUGUAUUUUACAGGGCCAGUGAGAAGGUUUUGAGGAUUUGGAGAGAAGACUGGGAGGUUGGUGAAAAUGGAGGAAAGAGGGGUGCACAAGGCUGGGACAGUAGCUGCAGAGGUAGAGGAAAGGGAAAGGGACUAAACACCAAGAGCUGUUUAGAGGGAAAAGAUAAUAGCCUGGAAGAGGAACAGAGUAAGAGAAAACCUGGUUUCUGCCUUUGGCGGUAGGACAGAUGCUUGGGGAAGGCCUUGCUUGCUCUGUUCUCCAGGAAUGAUGAUCCUACAGGUCAUCCAGGGAGGGGGUGUGAGGGACAUGGGUGUAUAGUUGAGUUCAAGAGAAAGGUCAGGCUAUAAAGAUUCGUGAAUGGAGAGGUGGGAGUGGGUGGGGUGGCCUAGAGGUAGGUCCCAAAAGAGACCUACUAGAAAGGAGCUUCCCAAAGAGGAGGAGGAAAAUGAGACUGGAAGCCAGGUGAUCUCCACUGAUGUAAUGCAGGCUGCCUAUCAGGCCAGACUGAGGUGCACCCUUUGGGUUCAAAACUAUACCACAGGAGGAAGUAAGAAGGUGUGGAGGAAGCCAAAAGACUUCCUGGUCUAUGAAUGGGGAAGAGUAAAGCUUGGGAUGAAGAGUUUGCUUUUACAGGAAAGGGAGCAGACAGCCCCCAGAAAGAAUAGUGCUGAGUAGCCCCACUGCUUUUAGCAACCUGUUCUCAGACUAUGGAAUGAGGGUAUCUACUCCAGUCUGCCACAUAGUGGGGACCCAGAGACCUUGAGUUUGGGAAGACAGAGCUGUGAGAUGGCAGCAGAGUUAGGCAAGGACUGGGCCCUCCCUCUCCAGGGUGCCUCUGCCUAUUUGGGUCACAGCUCAAAACUUUGUGUGCAGGCUUCCAAGAAGCCAUCUCAAGUCCAGGUUGGGCUGGACUUGAGUGGCACAGGCAUGGUCCUUUCUACCUGCGGGAGCUAUGCUGGGGAUCAGGGGACUCAAAUGGGGAUCUAGGCUCCCAGUUCUGUAUCACAAUGGACAGAUGAGGGGCAAGGAAGCAGAGGAAAGACUUCUGGACUGAAUUGCAAAAGACCUCAGGAUGGUAUAGUACUUUUUGGCAAUCAUUUAAUUCCCUGAAAAUCAGUUUUCCCAUCUGGGCACAAGCAGUGAGAGCUGCUGGUAGACCUGUUUUUAGAAUUAGAUGUGUAGUUUGUAUGGUCAGCCAAGAGUAAGAGGCAGCCACGUGUCCCAGGAGCAGUGUAUGGCCCCUGUCUGGCAGAACUAGGGCUGCUGAGGAGAGGAGCUCUGAAUGAGCCAGAAAAGUGGCCAGGUCGACGCUUAAGACCCUCUCCCCAAUGCUGGGGAUUUAGCUCAGUGAUUCCGCCGCUUUCCUCCCAACAUGUGCAAGGACCAGAGUUCAGUCCCUGGAAACAAAAACAAAGGGAAAAAAAAAAAGAAGACCCUCUUCCCCCAGGAACUGGGAUCAGUUAGCUAGUGAGCUCCUGACAGCUCCUGCCCCAACUCCGCGGAGACAGCAGUGAGAGGUAUCCGCAGACGGGAUACUUCCCAGGAAUCGGAAAGGUGGAUUUGUGGAGUCAGCACCACGACCAGGCUCUCCCCACCCAAAGUCAUCUGGUGAAGCAAACUCUCAGGAAUUAAUUAGUCCCUCCUUGGAAUUGGUGCUCCUGGAACGGGGCGGAGCUGAGCUCCAGAGGUCCGGGCAGGCACAGCUGGAGGGUCACGUGGCAUGGCCUCGGCCCCCUUCCUGCCAACGCUGCAUUUGGCUCAGGCCCCGUUCACGGCCACCCUUGGGACCCUGCGCUUAGCCCCAGAGGUUCCGGCGUCGGGGAGUUGCACCGCUCCCGAGGGCCUUGCUUGAGUGUCGGGAUCGCAGAGACCCAAGCCAACAGCGGGACGGGUAAAGAUACAACAAACCGAUUCAGCCUCAGUUCGGGGAGGUGGCAAGGAGUAGGACCGAGGUUCCGCAUCUCCCUGCCGGGCCUUGGGGUCGGGUCCUGGGCCAGGUGGGAGCUGGGUACAAAAGGGGAGCUGCUCAUCCCCUUAGCUUGCUCAUCCCCCAGCAGUGCGUAGGACUCGGAGGGGGAUAACCAUCCAGUAGCUGGAGGCCCCCAAGGCGUGGCCUCCCGCCCCUUCUCCGGGAAGGCAGGGCUGGGAUCCCUGCUCGCUGCCUGCCACUCUCUACCACCUCUGGAGGUCCUGUUCGCGACCCUUCGAAGGGAGGGCCGGCGCUGGCCAGGACAUGAGGAGGCUGCGCCUACGAGGAGAUGCGUCGCUCACGCUGCUUCUCGGCGCCGCCCUUGCCCUUCUACUGUACGCGCAGCGUAGUGGCCCGAGCCCAACCUCGAGCGCGCCGCGAGGGCGGGUGGCACGGAGGCCAGCGCUAGGGCCUCGCGCCUUCCAGGGACCAGACGCCGGCGCAGCCCCAGCGGCCUAUGAAGAGGACACGCACGCACCCCCCACGCCCACGGGCCCUUUUGACUUCCGCCGCUACUUGCGCGCCAAGGACCAGAGGCGCUUCCCGCUGCUCAUUAACCAGCCGCACAAGUGCCGCGGUGACGGCGCACCUGGCGGCCAACCGGACCUGCUUAUCGCUGUCAAGUCUGUGGCAGCUGAUUUUGAGCGACGCCAAGCCGUGCGCCAGACGUGGGGUUCUGAGGGUCGCGUGCAGGGGGCGCUCGUGCGCCGCGUGUUCUUGCUGGGCGUGCCCAAGGGCCCAGGCACCAAAGGGGAAGACCCGGAGGGGGCCGGCGUGAGGACGCACUGGCGCGCCCUGCUGCAGGCUGAGAGCCGUGCCUACGCGGACAUCCUGCUCUGGGCCUUUGACGACACUUUUUUCAACCUAACGCUGAAGGAGAUUCACUUUCUGGCUUGGGCCUCAGCCUACUGCCCUGAUGUACACUUCGUUUUUAAGGGAGAUACGGAUGUGUUUGUGCACGUGGGGAACCUGCUGGAGUUCCUGGCCCCGCGGGAUCCAGCGCAGGACCUGCUAGCGGGUGAUGUGAUAGUGCAGGCACGGCCAAUCCGCACACGAGGUAGCAAGUACUACGUCCCCGAAGCUGUGUAUGGCCUGCCUGUCUACCCCGCCUACGCAGGUGGCGGUGGCUUUGUUCUUUCGGGAGCCACGCUGCGCCGUCUGUCCAGUGCCUGCAAGCAGGUUGAACUCUUUCCCAUCGAUGAUGUGUUUCUGGGCAUGUGUCUGCAGCGCCUUCGACUCACACCUGAGCCUCACCCAGCUUUCCGCACCUUUGGCAUCUCUCAGCCUUCAGCCGCACCUCAUUUGCACACCUUCGACCCUUGCUUCUACCGUGAAUUGGUUGUAGUGCACGGGCUCUCGGCUGCUGACAUCUGGCUUAUGUGGCGCCUGCUGCAUGGACCGUAUGGGCCAGUCUGUGCACAUCCCCAGCCUGCUGCAGCAGGCCCCUUCCAAUGGGACCCAUAGCUACUCAUCAGUGGCUGACUUCUCAGCCCCAGAAUGGAACUUUUUAAAGGAGUUUCCCAUGCAGAUUACUAUUAUGUGGCCCUUGCCCAGACUAGAGGGUGUCUGCCCUGGGGCCCUAAAGAAUACUGAGCUUGGCUCCUGGUGGCUCAAACUAUCAGAAGCAAGUCUAGAACCAAUGUAAUGAUGACCCACUGAGAGCCAGGGCCAGGGUGGUAGAAGACCAUGUCUUGCCCAGCAGGCCUUAGACCAGUAGAUAGUUUUUGUAGUAGCAAAUAGGUGUGUAUUCUGGUGGUGCUUGGUUUGAAACCCCUAGGAUGAUGCAGACAUGUGCAGGGUGGCUCAUCCUCUUUAACGUCAGGCCUCACAGCACAAUGUGGACUUGGUAGGUAUUAUGCCACAACUCAGUCUUAAGCAGCCAUUCUGCUGCUCACCUGUUCCUCCAAACUGUCUUGUCCCUGUCUUUACAUCUUUCUCCUCGGAGGUCUUUCCUCAAGACCCUUGCAGAGUCCGGGUCUGACUGGAUGAACAGGGACAGAGUCACAGAAACAACUGUCACGGUCUUACUACUUCACCCCCACACCCAUGCUGUUACGUCGAUGUCUUUCCAACACCCACCUCCCCAGCUAGGAGCCCUUAAGACUCCUCCAUUAUAAAUUUUCCCGUUUUCAACUAUCCCCUUCAAAAAACCAACACUGCCACACUUAUUUUAAUACAAACAUCCCAGCAAUAGC